CCUUAGAUCAUCAUCAAAGGGGCGGUUCCAGAAAAGGGAAAACACUGGGUGAGAAGCGGCUUAGCAAAGCAGUUUGACGGCAGCAGAAGUUGGGAAACGCUGGGGCGCUGGUUGAGGCCUUCGCAUUUAAAAGCGCAACAUGGGAGAGACUUGCACAGAAAAGGUAAAUUCCGAGAGCCUUAAAGAAGAAGGCAACAAGCACUUUAAAUCCGGAGACUACAAAGCAGCAUUAGCAUGUUAUACGAAAGCAAUCAACAUCUCCACUGACAAACCCAGUGCAGCUGUUCUCCAUCGCAAUAGGGCUGCCUGCUAUCUGAAACUGGAAGAUUACCAAAAAGCAGAAGAUGAUGCAUCAAAAGCUAUUGAGGAAGAUGGAGGUGAUGUCAAAGCAUUGUUUAGGCGCAGCCAGGCCCUGGAGCAUCUUGGCCGGUUAGAUCAAGCAAUACUCGAUCUCCAAAGAUGCCUUGUGUUGGAACCCAAAAAUAAAGCAUUUCAGGAGGCAUUAAGAACCCUUGGCGUCAAGGCACAGGAGAAGGUCCGACUCAUGUCUUCUACCAACUCCCGAGUCGAACAAAUGUUUCAGAUCUUGUUGGACCCGGAUGAGAAAGACACUGAAAAGAAACAAAAGGCAGCCCAGAAUUUGGUAGUCUUGGCUCGAGAAGAUGCUGGGGCCGAAAAGAUUUUUCAGAGUGAUGGGGUUCGACUUUUGCAGUGCCUUUUGGACACUAAGAAAGCUGAUUUGAUGCUGGCUGCUAUGAGGACAUUGGUCGGACUCUGUACCGGUCAUCAGUCUAGAACCAUGGCAAUUCUUAGUGCGGUGGGAAUGGAGAGGUUUUGUUCAAUCAUGGCUAUAGAUGAUGAGUCUAUUUCUUUGGCGGCAUGCAGUGUCCUGCAUACCAUGUUUGAUGCUCUAAAGGAGGGCAUGAAAAAGGAUAUCCGAGGGAAAGAAGGCGCAAUUGUUUUGGAUCCUUCCAAAGAGUUGAAGGUGAUGAUCCACCACCUGCUGGAGAUGCUGACACAAGCUACAGUUUCAUCACAUGGAAGGGAAAAUUCAUUGAACCUCCUCAUCAAGGUGGUCCCUCGGAAAUCGCUGCGUGAUCCCAACAAUGGAAUGACAUUGUGGGUCAUUGAUCAGGGGUUAAAUAAAAUUCUUGAAGUAGGUGGCACAGUUGUAGAGGUCCCGGGGAGCCUUGCAGUAACUGACACAACCAGAAUGAGUGCAUCUGUUCUUCUUAACAAGCUUUUUGAUGACCUGAAGUGUGAUGCUGAAAGAGAAAACUUCCACAAGCUGUGCGAGAGCUACGUUCGGGGCUGCUUUGAAGGCCACGGCAUGGAUGGAAAACUGCGAGCAAUACAGACCGUCUCCUGCCUCUUGCAGGGUCCCUCUGAGGCUGGGAACCGUGCUCUUGAACUUACAGGUAUAAUGGAGAGUAUUAUAUCUCUCUGUGGAUCUGAACGAGAAAUUGACCAACAAGUGGCAGUAGAGGCACUGAUCCACGCUGCAGGCAAGGCUAAACGAGCCUCUUUUAUCACCGCCAAUGGUGUUACACUGCUAAAGGACAUAUACAAGAAGAAUGAGAACGACGCCAUCCGUAUACGAGCCCUGGUGGGUCUGUGUAAGCUGGGGUCAGCAGGAGGGACAGACUUCAGUAUGAAACAGUUUGCAGAAGGAUCUACUCUCAAACUAGCAAAGCAAUGCCGCAAGUGGCUCUGCAAUGAAUCCAUUCAGCCAAGUACUCGGCGUUGGGCAGUUGAAGGCCUUGCUUACCUUACGUUUGAUGCAGAUGUCAAGGAAGAAUUUGUAGAAGACAAGACUGCAUUGCAAGCAAUGUUCACACUGGCAAAGUCACAGGACAAGACUGUGCUUUUUGCGGUUGCAUCUACUUUGGUGAAUUGUACAAACAGCUAUGAUCGUGAACAGAUAGAUCCUCAAAUGCUGGAGCUGGCGAAAUACGCGAAGCAGCAUAUUCCCGAGGAACACCCGAAGGAUAAGAAGGAAUUUGUCGAGUCGCGGGUUCAGAAGUUACUGGUGGCUGGUGUGGUGUCUGCUCUGUCCUGCAUGGUGAAAAAUGAAAGUCCAGCAAUGACAGAUUCUUGCAGGGAACUGAUAUCUAGAGUCUUCUUGGCUUUAGUAGAGAACGCUGAAGACCGAGGGAAUGUUGUGGCUCAAGGAGGAGGAAAGGCUUUAAUACCGCUUGCUCUGGAAGGUACAGAUGGUGGGAAGACAAAAGCAGCUCAGGCCUUGGCAAAGAUAACCAUCACUUCAAACCCAGAAAUUGCAUUUCCAGGUGAAAGGAUUUAUGAGGUGGUUCGGCCUCUGGUCAGUCUGCUACACCUUGAUCGAACAGGACUACAGAACUUUGAGGCGUUAAUGGCGCUGACAAACUUGGCAGGAAUUAGUGAGCGAUUAAGGGGUAAGAUCAUUAAAGAGAAAGCAGUGCCAAUGAUAGAAGGUUAUAUGUUUGAAGAGCAUGAGAUGAUUCGACGAGCUUCUACUGAGUGCAUGUGCAACCUUGCAAUGAGCAAAGAGGUGCAGGACUUGUUUAUGGCAGAGGGGUCCGACCGCCUCAAACUAAUGAUUUUAUAUAGCGGUGAAGAUGAUGAGCUUUUGCGCCGCGCAGCAGCUGGAACGCUCGCCAUGCUGACUUCUCUACAGCCUGAGCUUUGUAAAAGGAUCACACAAGUGACUGCCCACUGGAUGGAGAUUUUACAGGGCCUGCUCCUUAGUGAAAACAUGGAACUACAACAUCGUGGGGCAAUCGUUGUCCUUAACAUGAUGGAGGCUGACCGUGAGCUAGCUGAGAAGCUGAUGGAAAGUGAAAUGUUUGAGAUCCUGACUGUUCUGGCAAACAAUGAAGAAGAAGAGAAGAAACGACCAGUGGCCAAAGCUGCCAAGGAGUGUCUGGCCAAAGCAGUGGAGUAUGGGUUAAUCAAACCCAGUGUGUCUGCAUAGUAGGCUGAGGUUAUUCAGACUCAUUCUUUCUGUAUCAUCAGACCAUGGCUAAUCAACAUGGGUCUGCACAGUCACACUGAGGGGCUUGAAAUCUCCAAGGAGUAAAGAAACGGUUUACAAUCCUGUUGAAAUCCUACUGGAGGCUUACAGUACUGCUCUGGCAAAAUCCAGAUCUCAUAGGUUCUUUCCUUUGUUUACGAAAUGGUU